AUGUCUUCACCGUCAACCUCCCGGGAUGUCAAUCCGGGAGUACCAGGUAUACCAUACUUCACGCCCAAACAUGCAGCCGACCCUGGUGUCCCAUUCGAGGCGUCAAAAAACACGCCCACACUUUUCACCCCUCUGAAGAUUCGGUCCAAAACACUACGUAACCGCAUCAUCGUCGCUCCAAUGUGUCAAUACUCAACAGCGUCAGGAGGCCCCGACAUCGGCAAGCUCACCGAUUACCACGUCGCCACUCUAGGCCACUACGCACUCAAAGGCGCGGGUUUAGUCUUCAUCGAGGCCACAGGCGUACAGUACAACGGUCGCAUCACGCCAUACUGCCCUGGCAUAUGGAGCGACGAGCAGACCGCCAGCCACAAGCGAGUCUCCGACUUCAUCAAGUCCCAAGGCGCCCUAUCUGGAAUCCAGCUUGCUCACGCCGGCCGCAAAUCGAGUACGGUCCCACCAUGGAUCGCAGCAGGCUUCAAGAAACCAUCCGUUAGAGCUGGGAUUGAAUCAGGUGGAUGGCCUGACGACGUCGCCGGCCCCUCAGGCGGUCCCAAAAACUCCUGGGACGGCAAAGGCAUGGCCGAAGACGGAGGAUUUUAUACUCCGCGAGCACUCACCCUUGCUGAUAUCAAGGAACUUAUCGACGCAUUCGCCCAAGCCGCACGACGAUCAGUCGAGGCUGGCAUCGAUGUGAUCGAGGUCCACGCAGCGCACGGAUAUCUUCUGCACCAAUUCCUCAGCCCCAUCACGAAUAGACGAACCGACCAGUAUGGUGGAAGCUUCGAGAACCGCGCCCGCCUGCUGAUCGAGGUCAUCGAAGCUGUGCGUGCACAAAUACCACAGGACAUGCCACUAUUUCUGCGCGUCAGUUCGACAGAGUGGAUGGAAGAGACCGACCUGGCCAAGGAACUCGGUAGCUGGGAUGUCGAAAGCACGAUCAAACUCGCCCGUCUUCUACCCGGUCUGGGCGUCGAUUUGUUGGACGUCAGCAGUGGUGGCAACCACCCGCAACAGCGCAUCAACAUGUUCGCGUCGAAGGACUAUCAGACCAAGAUCGCCAAUCAAAUUCGGCAAUCACUUAGGGAAGAUAACCACAAUCUGCUCAUCGGAGCGGUCGGGCUCAUCACCGAGGCUGAGCAGGCGAGGAAUAUCGUCGAGGAGAAUGAUAAGAGUAUUGGCGAGGAAGCGAGUGCCGCACAAGCGAUGACUGAUGCAAAAGGUGGUAAGGAGCCGAUGGCUGAUGUCAUUCUUGUGGCGAGACAAUUCAUGAGGGAACCAGAGUGGGUGCUCAAAGUGGCGUGGAAACUGGGUGUCGAUGUCGCGUGGCCGAGUCAAUUCCUCAGGGUGAGGUUUCCCAAGUUGUAG